CACAAACGAGGGGAAAAUGGCACAAACAAGGUGAAAAUGGCACAAAUGAGGUGGGAAUGACCUGUCUGCUGAUUGCCCCAACAGAACACAAGCCUCCUCAACACCAAGAAGAGACUGGAAGUGGACAUAACUCAUUUACAGACUGAAGUUGAAGACAGUAUUCAGGAAGCCAGAAAUGCAGAGGAGAAAGCAAAGAAAGCCAUCACAGAUGCAGCCAUGAUGGCAGAAGAGCUGAAGAAGGAGCAGGACACCAGUGCCCACCUGGAGAGGAUGAAGAAGAACCUGGAGCAGACAGUGAAGGACCUGCAGCACCGUCUGGAAGAGGCCGAGCAGCUGGCACUGAAGGGAGGGAAGAAACAACUCCAGAAGCUGGAGGCCAGGAUUAAUGAGUUAGAAAAUGAGCUUCAUUCUGAGCAGAAACGGGGAAUAGAAUCCCUGAAAGGAGCUCGCAAAUAUGAACGGAGGCUGAAGGAGCUCACUUACCAGUCUGAAGAAGAUAAGAAAAAUAUUCUUCGGCUCCAGGACCUGGUGGACAAGCUGCAGUUAAAAGUGAAAGCGUACAAGAAACAGGCUGAGGAAGCUGAAGAACAGGCAAACAUCAAUCUCUCGCGGUGCCGCAAGGCUCAGCACGAGCUGGAAGAGGCGAAAGAACGAGCGGAUAUUGCGGAAGGACAGGUUAACAAGCUGAGAGCCAAAAGCCGUGACAUGGAGGGCCAGAAAUCAGAGAAAUGAGGUUCCUGACCCGAGCUGCAGCAGGCUCCCUCCUGAUAAAGACUUCUGUCCAUCCAGCAGAUAUCCAUUACUUUUUUCUAGUAACCCAGUGUGCAUGUGUGUAACUGAUAUAUUUAGCCAACCUUGAGGUGAAGCUGUGAGAAAUUAUACAUAUAUAUAUAUAUAUAUAUAAAAUAAACCUGGGUGAUGCUUUAGUGACUAUA